AUGGAAUCAGGAAGUAUCUCCCAAGGGGAAGCGCAGGAAGGCCUACCGAUGCUACCCAGUCAGGCAAGUCCUGAACAGUUCACCAUUUUGAGCGAGUGGGUCAGGUCAUGCGAUUUCGAUGCGUCUCACGAGGUAUGCCGCCGCAGCAAGUAUCGCGAUGUCACUAGCUCGCCGACACGUCUCAUUGAUGUACGCGAUGGACUUCGCCUUGUGCCAUCCGAUUCAGUGCCAGUUUCUGAUUACGUUGCUCUGAGUCACUGCUGGGGGAAACUCGAGGAACAUCAAAGGUUUUGCCUCUACAAAGACAAUAUCAGCCAACUGCAGAGAUCGAUCCAGUUUGAGCGGCUCCCCCAGAAUUUCAAAGACGCUGUAACCGUCACUCGAGGCCUUGGGGUCAGAUAUCUCUGGAUUGACUCUAUUUGCAUCAUUCAGGACGAUGCGCAAGACUGGGAAGUGGAGUCUUCUAAGAUGGAAGAAGUCUUCAGCUCCGCAUAUGUGACUAUAAGCGCAGUGUCCGCCAAAUCAUCCCUAGACGGGUUCCUUGGAGAAAGACCCUCCCGGGCCUGUGUUCAGGUUCAGGUGGAUGGUAAGCAGCCUCUUUAUGUGUGCCCAGCCAUCGAUGACUUCCACCGGGAUGUGGAACUCGGAGAAAUCAGCAAGCGCGGCUGGGUGUUCCAGGAAAGAGCGCUUUCACGCCGCACUAUUUACUACACCUCUACGCAGGUGUAUUGGGAGUGCGGAUCAGGCGUCCGUUGCGAGACUUUGAGGUGUCUUUACAACUCCAAGGCCGCAUUCCUCAGCGACGCAAACUUCCCCCAUUCGGCGCUCAACCAUUACAAGGAUGGCCGACAGAUGCUGAUCCAAGACUUAUACGAGCGUUACUCUGCUCUAGAGUUUUCGUAUGCAUCAGACCGAGCAGUCGCUAUACUAGGUCUUCAAAAGCGGUUGGCAAGAGCCUUCGAGACUCGGGCAACAUAUGGGUUGUUUGCGAUAUACCUGCAUCGCGGGCUUCUCUGGAGGCGAAACCAAGCCGAGCCAAUCAAAAGCAUUGCACAGCCAUCAGGUCGCCACGUGCCGAGCUGGUCAUGGUUCUCCAAGAUGGGCGCUAUCAGGUACAUGGAUCUUAAGUUCGACAGUGUCAAAUGGACAAAUGACAUUGAAAGCCCCUUCAUCGGCGAGGCGUCCGGAGGCUCAAUGGGAUAUACCGGCGUGAGGACUGCCAGCGGUGCUCCAGUUGUACGCGCCCUGGCCAAGGAUUUGAAGCUCUCCAAAGCUGAGCUUUUGAAGAACGCCAUAUUUGACGAUCGGAACAAUUUCGAGGUUCAUGACCUGUUAUUUGCUGUCAUUGGCUGUGAUAAGGAUGAGAACAGCAUGGAGGUACGGGUUUCACACGGUCUGAUCAUACGGAAGCUUAUAGAAAACUUGGAUGAACGUAGUCAGGGCACAUACGAAAGGGUGGGAGUGGCAUCUUUGAAGCCAAGUCAGAUCAUGGACGGCGGAUCAUGGGUAAAGGUUUGCUAG